AUGCCGCCUCCAGUCAACUACCCACCGCCAUUGCUUCCAGGCUGGACAGAACAUCGCGCUCCUGACGGUGUCACUCCCUACUACUACAACUCCCAAACACGAGAAUCGACCUAUGUCCGACCGGCCGUUCCAUCUUAUCCUCCGCCUGGUCUUACCCCAACGUCAGCGCAGGCUCUCCCAACAGAGAAGAAGAAGGCAAAGAAAGAAAAGGCGAAAGAGAAGCUUCCAAUUCCCGGUACUACCUGGGUACGGGUCACUACCAAUGAGGGCAAUGUUUUCUACUUUGAAAAGGAAGCCAAGCGAUCCGAGUGGACCGUUCCCGAGGAAAUCAAAGACGCUGUCGCUGAAUUGCAUUUUCAAGAGAAAGAAAGAAGAGAAGAGGCCAAGAGGCAGGAAGCUCAGAAGCUCGAACAAGAGCGAAUUGAGAAGUUAAAAGAAUUGGAAAGGAUAAGGUCCGAAUUGGAGGACGAGAAGAGAAGAAACCGGGAACGGCUCGAAGGCGAAAGAAAAAGAAAGGUCGAGGAAGGCGCAGAUGACGCUGGCAGAGAAAAAAAGAUCAAAGUUGAAGAGGACGAUGAACACGCCGCCGGGCCGGAAGAUGAAGAGGAUGAGGAAGCUUGGAUGAAAGCUGUCGCUGAAGAAUUCGCCGAGAAGGAUGCGGCAGACAAGAAAAACAAAGAUGAUGAAGAGGAGAGGGCCAAGAAUGCAGAGGCAGAGGCAGCAAAGAAGGUCUUUGCUGUGCCCGAAAAGGUAAACGUUUCGAUCGAAGAGGGCCGGGCGCUUUUCAAAGCCCUCCUCAUCGAAAAAGACAUAUCCCCUUUCGCUCCAUGGGACCAAUCCCUCCCGCUUUUCAUCAAUGACCCCAGAUACGUCCUCCUCGCGUCAAUGAAGGACAGGCGCGAAGUGUACGAAGAGUACUGCCGCGAAGCAGGUCGGGCCAAACGUCUCAAUAAGACCACGACCGGCACAUCAGAGAAGAAUAGUUCUGAUCCCGAGAGAGACUACAAGGAGCUGCUUGAGAGGGAAGUGACUAGUACGAGAACAAGAUGGGACGACUUCAGAAAGAAAUGGAAGAAGGAGAGAAAGUUCUAUGCCUUUGGCAGAGAUGACCACCAAAGAGAAAAGGUAUUCAAGCAAUGGUUGAGAGAUUUGGGAGAGAAGAAACGCCUGGCGGCCCAAAAGGCCGAGGAAGAGUUCACGACGCUACUCAAAGAAUCAAAUGGGAUCACUAUCUCGUCCUCUUGGUCGUCCGUCAAGCGUUCUUUGUCGUCCGAUUCACGAUAUGAUGCGGUAGGCUCGUCCUCACUGAGAGAGGAGCUUUUCAACAAUUAUAUCAAAACACUCUCAUCCGACUCUGCUACUGCGGAAUCCCAAAGGGCUGGGAAUCAAUCCGCGCCAGCGGAAACCAAAGAAGAGGUUGCUGCCAGAAAAACAGCCGAACGCAAGGCCAAGGCUGAAGCUAGCUUGCGCGAUCGAGAGGCCAAGGUCCGCGAGGACAGGUUGAGGAUGGAGAAGGAGAUGAACAAGAGCAAAGUUGGGGCUGGGAGAGAAGAGGCGGAGAGGCUGUUCGGGAGCUUAUUGGUGGAUACCAUCAGAGAUCAUGAGGUCUCUUGGCAAGACGCGUCUUUUGCCUUGUCCUCUGAUCCCAGGUUCAAUCACCCGGCGCUCACCCUCGGUAAUAAGCAGCGGCUUUUCCACGAGCACAUUGCCCGGGUAGCCUCCAAACGAUCAGGCGCUCUUCAUCAGCUUUUCGAAACCCAUACCCCUGGUCUCGACACCCCAUACGAGGACGUCUAUUCCAAAAUUGUCGAUGACCCUAUCGUCAAGCGCCUCGGACUUCAAGGCGGUGCUCUGGAAGAGCGCUGGAAAGCCUGGCUCCGCACCCGCGAGACCCAAGCCCGCCGAGAAUUUGAUGAAAUGCUGGGCGAGAAUAGCUUUGUGGAGUUUUGGGGCAAGAUGAGGAAGAAGACGCUCGACGAGAAGGCAUUGGAGGUUCAAGAACAAGAUGAGUGGGAUGAAGGAGAAGGGAUGGGAGAGGGAGGUGCGGCGGACUUGACCAAGUUGGCGCGGCAGAUCGACUUGGGGGAAAUCAAGUCGGUUCUCAGAAGAGACAAAAGAUAUAGACUGUUUGAUCACGUUCCAGAAGAGCGCGAGAAAUGGCUCAGGGAUUACCUUGAGAACGUCGAAGCCGCCUCUGGAUCCCAGACCAUCCACAACAUCCGCCCAAGUCGAUAA